CCAAUUUAUCUUAUCACAGGUGUGGUUAGUUAUAAGAUAAGAAUAAAUAAUCAAAUUUUUGAAUUAGUCAUUGUUAUUCGUUUUCUGAAUAUGGCGAGUAAUUAUAACCAGAGAUUCACCACAUUUGAAAGGCCCUAUUUAGAAACAAAUUUAGAUAGAGAUGUAUCAAAAUCACAAACGAGUGUAUUUUCACUUAAUUCAAUCCUUGAAUCAGAAGAUGAAUACGAAUCUAAAAGUUGUUUUGAAAAAUGCCUCACCAGGGUACCAUAUGCUACACUCAUUGCAACAAUAAUGUGUGCGUUAGGAGUAGUUAUUUUUUGUGGUACUAUGUACCGAGGAGCAACUCUGGCAGUACUUAUGUUUAGUGAAGUUUUUAAUCUACAAUUAUUUUGGAUGGAUGCUGUAAAGAUGACAUUUGUUCUUAUAGGAGCAUGUAUGGGUGCUCUUGGAUUGAUGAUUUUGACCUUGGGUUUUCUGGCAACAGGUGCAACUAGACACAAAGUUUAUAGGGGAUGGGGUUGGCGAGUUAGUGGCAGACUGAGUUGUGCAAUUUUCAUGUGUGUAACUUAUACUCUACAAUUAGCUUGGCUGAUAAUGUUUUGCUUCUUGGUGAUUUCCACUUUUGUGUUCACAGUAUUUUGGAAAAUGUGUGAAAAUCCAAGAGUAGCAUCUUUCCAAGAUGACAUUGAUUUAACUCAAUUCUACUUCAUGUUUCCAGAAGGUACAAGACAAGAGCACAUGAAAGUGUCAGGAGAAAGUGCUGUGAAAGGGUUUUGUAAAGAUCAUGUAGAAAAAAUCGAAAUAAUGUUCAUUUUGGCGACUGUCGCUUCUUUACUUGUAAUAUUGAGUCUGAUUCAUUAUCUCAUGUGCCUUUCUGCAAACUAUGCUCAUAUCCGGGAUCAAGACAAAUUCUUACAAUUUCAAGAUCUCCAAAUGCUCAACGAUCACGAAUUGCUAGCAGGGAAAGAUAGAUUCUAGGAUAUAGCACAGAAAAUACACAUGCCUGAUAUAAGUUGACAAGACAUAAUGGUAGCUAAUAAUUAAACAAAAACCGAAAAAGUAUUUUACAAAUUACUGUAUAAACAAAUGAAAACAACUUAUAGUAUGUAGACAUUGAAAUUAAGUUUUUUAUACAAAAUAUCUUUUUUAUAAAUAAAUUUAAAAUAUUCUAAAAUACUACUUUUAAGUAAUGCAUUGUAACUUAGGACUACCUGUUGACUAUUAAUACCUCAUGUAGUAUCAUUAAUUCUGUUUUAAAUCAAUUAUCUGUGAGACGUUAUGUUGAAAUAUGGGCCCUGAGUAGUAGUAAAGUUGAUAAAAAAAUAAAAUUAUGGAAACGUUUAUAUAAUGUUGACUUGUUUAUGUUUACAUAUUUUAGAUUUCAGAAUUACAUUUUAUUAGGCAUUCUAUAUUAAAAAGGGGUCACUGAUUCAGUAAAAAAAAAUAGUAAAUUAUAAUAACCUAUAAAAAAUUCGAACAUUUACGGUUCAGCUCUAAUUAAAAAUGUCUUUCGAUAAUAGUAAGACCAUGAUAACUGCAAAAAAGCCCACGCAGAAUAUACGAGAGUGAUUCACCUUGAAUUGAUAAUAAUGCAAAAUUCAUUUAUUUCUCGGAAAACACCAAAACAGAUCAAAGUAUUUCUCGGACUACUCAGAUAUUAUCGUCAAUUUAUUAAAAACUUUGCCAAAAUCACGAAAACCUCUAACUAAAUGUCUUAAAAAAGGUGCUAAAAUCGAAUACAGAAAUUUUUUUCGAAACUUGCAGAAAUAUACUCAUAAAUGAACCCAUUUUACAGUAUCCCGAUUUUUCGAAAAUUUUGAACCUUACAACAGAUGCGUCAAAUGUAGCGUUAGGAGCAAUCCUAUUCCAAGGCCCGAUAGGUCAAGAUCUCCUCGUAGCGUAUGCAUCAAGAACACUAAACGAUUCAGAUCAAUCAUAUUCAACACUUGAGAAAGAACUUUUAACAAUAAUAUGGGCAACCAAAUACUAAAUGAUUCAUUCACAUUCGAAAAUUCAGUAUUUCUAACAAUCGUAGACAGUACAAGCCUAUUAUUUAGAAGCCUUAUCAGGAACAGAAGUUGCUAAUAAUCUUAUUAAAUUUUUCUGUCAUCACGGUAUACCCAAACAAAUAAUUUGUGAUAACAGAACAGAAUUUAACAAUACAUUUGUAACCGAAGUUUAAGUCCACAUAAAAUUAAAUUACAUUCUUGUUCACCAGACCACCCACAAUCAAACUGCAUUGUUGAACGUUUCCAUUCAACAAUAACCGAACACUUGAGAUUAUUAAAUACACAAGGAUUCUCCGAUAUCUCAAUAAAAAAUAAAAUUCUAUUUGCUAUUUUGGAUUAUAAUAAUUUUAUCCACUCUACAUUAAAAUUAAAACCUAUAGAUAUUGUCAACGCUCACAUUUCGGAUAAUGAUCUAUUCAAUUUAGAAUUAGAUAAAUGCUUACAUAAACCAACAUAAGGACGAAGCAAAACUAUUGUACUCAAAGAUUAUUUCUUAUCUAAUUAAAUAAAAAACUAAUCAUUUAGAAAAAAUCAAAAGAACUCGCGAAGAUCCUAAAAUAUUCACACCAAACCAAAAUAUAUUUAUUAGAAAAAACAAAAGACUGAAAAACUCCAGUAAAUUCGAUAAGGCUAUAAACAAUAAACAUGAAACGUAAAACCGUGACAACGGCAAUACUAGGUAAAAGACAUAUGGACAUUAUCAAACGCCCACUAAAAAUUUUAAAUUCCUUAGACUCUUACUUCACAUUAUUAUUUCAGAUUACCGGGAAUUCUCGGAUUCCAAGAAAUUAUUACUCCACGGAAUCUCCAAGAUAACCCCGGCCUUCUACCAGUUAAACUCGGCAGCGCAAAAUUAAUUCAAUAUUAUCAUUCGAUUUUGUACCAUUAUGAUCUUAACUCUUUAAACAUCGAAUUUAAAAAUUAAAAUCGAUAAAAUAGAAAUAGAAGAACCCCCCAAUAAUUUAAAUACAGUUAAUUCUACAGAAAAUCAGAUAGAAAAUAGAAAUAAAAGAUAGAAAAGGCAAACGUUACGGAAUAAUGUAAGAUUAUCUAAAUAGAUAAUAAAACGUAGAAUGAGUGGAAGAAAUAUCGACAAAAAGUAGAAAGGAUAGUCGAGGUGAGAAAGGAGAUAAAAAAUUAGAAACUAGAGAAGCAAAGCUAAAAAUAGGAAAUUAUAUCGAGUCAUGAUAUAUAGACCUUCCUAAAAAUAAAUUUAAUUAUGAUUGAUUUAAACAUGAGUUAUAAUAAUUAUAUGUUCCUUCUAUUGUGCUAA